AGAAGACGGUGGUGAUUCUUUUACUCGAGCGAAUUUUCUUAUUUUCGCGAGCCGGUUGGAGUUCGCGUCGAGUCCCCGUCGCAUAAAUCGGGACGAUUAACUUAGCCGUCCAUUUUCCUAACCUCAAAACAUCCGAAUUCUCGAUAUCAAUAUUUUCCUUUUAAGAAUCGUUUUGAAUCUCUCUCUUUCUCUCGAUCUCGCUCGCUUUUCCUCUCUCCCGCAUUUCCAUCCAUCUGUCUUCUCUAUUCUGCAAGCUUCGUUCUUCGUUAUUUUCACUCUCUAUGUUUUUCUAUUGCCUUUAAACUCUAUUUUUCUCUCUCUCUCUCUGUCUCUCCUCCCUCCGCUCCUUUCCUCUUUCCCCCCGCGCCGUGUCUCUCUGACGUAUUGAAAAGUAUCCCUUGUCUGCUGUGUGAAGAACGUGAUCGUCGUCAACACGCGACAUUUAAAGAGCACACACGGUGGACAGACGAGCAUUGUGUGGCGUUGUGCGACGUUUCGCUCCGUGGAAGUCCAACUUUUGUGGUACCGAAACUGCCGAGCGGCGGGGACCCCGACGUGUCGCGUAGACGACGAUAAUUGCUGCGCGCGACGAUCGGAUUUGGAGUGCGGUGACGAGCUCGCGGUGGCAACGGCUCAGCUUCCUGUCGCCGAGCAAAAUAGGCAAAAUUCCGACGAUUUACGGUCUAUGAGCGCCAAGAGUCAGGGGGACCCUGGAGAAGAUCACAUUUCCAGGUGUCACGAGAGUUGAUUGCGUCCUUUAGCGUUCGUAAAAGAGAACAAAAAAAAAAGAAAAAAAAAUAAGAAAAAAGGAAAUGCUUGCUCUUUUUCGCGGGGAGUAGAGUGUCGUCGCGUGUUUGACAGCGGAUUGUUCCGAGAGAGUUUAUGUGAUCGAGAGACAGACGCUCGGUUCUCCGAUUCAUACGCGUGUUAAAAUCGAUCGGCGGAUCGAGAUGUUCUCAUGAAACAUUGUGGAGGGUAGGAGCUGAGAGCCCUUGCAGCGACAUGAAGCGCGCAGCUGCAAAGAAGCUCAUUGAACGUUAUUUUUACCAACUCACGGAUGGAUGUGGAAAUCCUCAUUGUGACAAUCAGCAUUGUGCCUCCAGUGGCAAAGUAACUAAUCUUACUCCAAAUCAAGCAGCCGCACAAGCGAUACAAUUAUUUUCGCAAGAAGCAAGACUGUGCGAUGGUACACAACCCAGUAAAGUUGCUCGAACUACUAUAGAGCCUGGACAAACGUCAUUAGCUAAGAGUCUACCUGUAAAAAGUGUUAAUUCUACAAGCUCCGAUGAAGGAAAACAAGAGUCAUAUCUUACGGAAGCUAAGCUUCUGGAUAUUAUAGGAAAAUGUAAAGCAGAAGAUUCAUAUUCUUUAUUAAUUCGUACUUUGGGAGAAGUGUUUUCUUCUGGAAAAGCAUUAAGUCUCAGUUUUCAAAAGACUGAGAAAAGUAAUUCUCCUUUGACGGCACUUCUUGAACGAGCACCAGACAGUCUGUUAAGGCCACCCGCAGAUUUGAAUAAAGAAGCGGUACGAUCUUUACAGGGAGAAGAUAAAGAAGAAGAUAGCAGUGAUCCAUCACCUACAGUUCCUAAUAAUGACGAUACUAGUGUUGACUUACCAUCGGUCCGUAGAGCUUUUGAAGCGCUUUGGUCUCUGCCAGGUGAGGUGUUCGAAUCAGCUCUGGUCAAUGCGCUAGUCACUUUGGCCGAUGAUAUAGAAUUAGAUCUGAGAGUAUUUCGUAUGGUACGUUGGGACAGCAUGGAUAGUUUGUUAAAUGUAUUUCUCAUUGUUUUUGAAAUUCCAAUGCUCGGAAAUAGCGAAUAUUUGGAAUUGGCUCUCCAUAUGCUGUGUAAAGCGUUGAGCUGUGUACCAGUAUUGGCCCAAGCCAAGUUAGCACGCGUAUGGGCCAAGCAUUGCAAAUCGCGACUUCCAAGCCUUCUGCAAGCACUUCAAGAACUCAUAACUGUCAAGGUAAUUGGAGGAUCCUUCACACGUGAUUAUUGCGUCCAAGAUGCAGACACUAUUACCGCACCUACGAAAGUUAUGAAAAUUCUAUAUUAUGCGAGUAUGUUGGCUGGUGAAUUAGAUCCUCCUGAGUUAAUUUUGAGCGACGAAGGUGAACCGGCUAGUAGCGACAAAAAUACUUCACGAUCAGCGGUAUCAGGACAGAUCCCUCAGGAUUUACUAGCGACAGAAUUAGGAAUUACUGCACUGGAUGCACGUAAACCUUUCAUACCAUUUACUGAUUUUUACAAUGAGCCACUUAGCGAUGCCAUAGAGAUGGACAAAGAUUUCGCUUAUUACAAAAGCGAAGAGCCACAGAAAUUUAGCUUUAUGAAUUACGCUUUUAUUCUCACGCCAGCUACUAAAACUUUGGGCUUGUAUUAUGAUAAUCGUAUUAGAAUGUAUAGCGAACGACGUAUGAGCUUUUUGCAAACCGUUGUCGGACAACCGACUAAUCCAUAUCUCAGAUUAAAGGUACGAAGAGAUCAUUUAAUAGAUGACGCAUUGGUGGAAUUAGAAAUGGUGGCGAUGGAAAAUCCAUCUGAUUUAAAAAAGCAAUUAGUUGUCGAAUUUGAGGGAGAACAAGGUGUUGACGAAGGAGGUGUAUCUAAAGAAUUCUUUCAAUUAGUUGUUGAAGAGAUAUUUAAUCCUGAUUUUGGCAUGUUUACUACUCAGGAAGAUACGCAAAUGACAUGGUUUAAUCCAACAUCAUUUGAGAGUGACGCACAGUUCACAUUAAUAGGCAUCGUUAUUGGUUUAGCAAUUUAUAACAAUGUAAUUUUGGAUGUACGUUUUCCAAUGGUGGUCUAUAGAAAAUUAUUAGGUAGGAAAGGCGGUUUUCCAGAUUUGGAGGAUUGGAGUCCAACAUUGUAUCGAACAAUGAAAGAAUUAAUAGAGUAUACAAGAGAUGACAUGCCGGAGACAUUUAUGCAAACUUUCCGAGUGAGUUACAGAGACGUGUUUGGAUCAUUAUCGUUCCAUGAGCUCAAAGAGAAUGGUGAUGAGCUGUAUGUCACGCAGGAAAACAAAAAGGAAUUUGUUGAUCUCUAUGCGGAUUUCUUGCUUAACAAAUCCGUGGAGAGACAAUUCAACGCUUUCAGACGUGGCUUCCAAAUGGUUUCAGACGAGAGUCCGCUCGCAUUACUCUUUAGACCUGAAGAGAUUGAGCAGCUCGUUUGUGGAAGCAAAAUAUUUGAUUUUGCUGAGCUGGAAGCAGCUACGGAGUACGAAGGUGGCUAUACCGUGGAUAGCAAAGCGGUACGUAACUUUUGGCGUGUAGCGCAUUCCUUACCACCAGAAAGUCAACGAAGACUUCUUCAAUUCACUACGGGUAGCGAUCGAGUACCUGUCGGCGGUCUUUCGAGACUGAAGAUGGUCAUUGCCCGACAUGGCCCUGAUUCUGACAGAUUACCAAUAGCACACACAUGCUUCAAUGUGUUACUGUUACCAGAUUACAGUACAAUAGAAAAAUUGCAAGAUCGCUUAUUGAAAGCAAUCAAUUAUUCAAAAGGUUUUGGCAUGUUAUGAACAUGCUUCAUCACUUCUCUUUCUUCCACUGUCUUUCGAAUGAUAUUCGAAGUACACAAUAAGACUCAAUUAUUUUUGUCAUUUUAUUCUUAGCUAUUUUAUUCGGAAAUAUUUAUCAUAAUAUAAUCCAAAAUCGUGCCAGUGCGCUUAAUCAUGGAAACGUUGCUUAUGUGCAAUACGACUCAUCAAAAGGCUCCUAACGUUCUAAAAAUUCCAACGAAUCAAAUAUCGAAUUCUUUGUACAAAACAUAUGUUCUUGAAAAAAUGCUUUGAAACUUGCACCACUGCAAGAAUCGCUUGUACCAUACUGUGUACUUUUUCUACUGAAAUAUAGAUAACAAAGACCGAUUUUGUUGGCCAUUCCGAAAUGAUUGAGGGAAGAAGUGCAAGAGACAUUUCAAAACACGAUUACAAUGAGUGUAAAAACCGAAUGGAACUGCAUUAUAGAAAUAAAUAUAUAACUUUAGUAAAACAUAGUCAACAUAAACAGGAUGCGUUUCAGGAACUCAAUGGUUGCAAUUAUUAUGUGAUUUUACUUCAAGACAUACCUUUAGCUUCCUAAACGCAUCUGAUGCUGCAAAGCCGAAAACAACCCUUAUACAAAACACAUUGAGCUAAUGUCACUCUGAGCAGACCUUUUUUGUAAAGUAAGGCGUGGGAUAGUGGCGCUUUUGUAUGUAUUUUUCUUUCAAUUUCUAACAUUUUUCUCAUAUACCUUGCGUCACGAUGGUGAUCAAAUAGUAGAUCGAAUAGAAAUUCAAUUUGUAUAAACGUUUAUAAUAGGCAGCUCUUUAACGGCUGCCAGACAUGUCAGUCGUUUUAUUGUUAUUCAUGUGACAAUAAAGCUCUCAGAAAAAA